GCGGUUCAAAUAUUGUGAACAUAAGAUCGAACAUUGAACUUGUUCUGUUUUUUUCAGGUUGACCCUAACGAUCAGUUCUAGUCUUUUAUUCUUGAAGUUCUGAGAUUGAAAACAAUAAAAUAAAGACUUGAUAAAAAAAUAAGACAAAAUAAGAAAAAUAUGAGAUUUUUUUUAGAAAAAUAUUUUUUUAAUAAAAGAGAAGUUAAUUGAAAUUGUACUUUUCUCAAAAAGUAAAUUUGAUGUUUGUGUUAUGAUUUAUAUAUGUACUGCUAUUUGUUUUGAUGAUAUUUUCUCUAAGCAUUUAUCACUGAGAUUAGAAUAAAAAAGAGUUUGUGGUUUUUUUGUCUUAGAUUAAUUAAGUUCUUAACUUUUUUAUUUGAUGUUCUUUUUUACGUAUGCGUAAUUUCUCAUAUGCAUCUACUGUUACUUAUUAUAUCUUUGGCUUGCUUAAUGAUUAUGAACUUUUGAUCAUUAUUUCUUUUUCUUAAUGCAGGACUUACUUUUGCAAUGGAUGAGUCUACUCCAAUCGAAGCUACACCGUUCAGCUAUCUAAUCCCGAGCUUUGCUGACGAUGAUGACAAUCUGAUGGAGAACAUCACAUCACCAACUUUCCAAGGGGUUACACCACUUCAAACCGUUGAUGAUGAGACCCCUUACACAACACCACCCGCUAAUGAGGAAAACUACAACACACCACCCUCUCAACCUCUAUUACUGGCCACACCACUCAGCUCCGCUUCACCAUCUGAUGAAUCCAACACUGCUCCUGUCGAUCCCAACAUGGGUCCUAUCAAAAGAGGACGAGGCCGACCAAAAGGUUCAAAGAAUUCAAAGCCGUCCAAGAAGAAGAUGGAAACCUCUCAUGAUCCCAACAAUGAAGUGGUUGUAUCUGGUCACAAUGACGAAACUCACAACACAUCAUUCUCCCCUCAUCCUCCUCUAGUGGCCACAGAUCUUCAAGCUAUUGUACCAUACGAUGACUCCAACCACGACUCUUUGGCUGAUGAUGAUGCUGCUCCGAGUAGCGAUCCUCUUAAAAGAGGACGGGGCCGACCAAAGGGUUCGAAGAGCGCCAAGACGCCUGUGAAGAAGCUGAAACCCCAUAAUCCCGACGAGAAAAUGGUAAUAUUUUGUCCGAGUUUUGACUCGAUGAUAACCGAAGAGGUGAAAGAAAAUGGGAAUGAAGAGCUGGUGGACUCCGUUCGGAUGCGUUUCAACGCCGUUUGUCGUCACUUAGGCCACGUAAGCUGCGAGAAAGCUGUGGUCACAACUGCCUUCAGUAGGUUUACCAAUCUGGGUGUCAGGACUAACAAGAAGAAGAGAAUCGGUCCGGUUCCGGGGGUACAACCAGGAGAUAUAUUCUACUUCUGGGGAGAGAUGUGUUUGGUUGGACUUCACACUCAGAUGCCUGCUGGUAUCGACUAUCUACUAGCAAAAGAUGGUGCAGCAGAAGGCUUAACAACAAGUGUCAUUACAUCAGUAGGACAUUACAACGACAAAACGGACGAGCUUCAUUUUUUGGUAUACACCGGGCAAGGAGGAACGUGUAAGGAUGGUAAACCUAGAGAUCAAGAGCUUACAAGAGGAAACCUAGCGUUGAUCGCAAGUCAGAAAAGAGGAAAUGAAGUUAGAGUGAUUAGAGGUAUAGUAGAUCCGCGCGAUGAAAAAAGGAAAGUAUAUAUCUACGAUGGUCUCUAUGUGGUAACCUAUUAUUGGAUAGAGAAAGGGACCACCGGCUUUGAUGAAUUCAAGUUUAAUCUUGUGAGACAACAAGACCAGCCUUCUGGUUUCGCCACGUGGAAGUUAGCUGAAGAAUUGAUGAAGUGUGGUUCGAGUAAUUUGUUGAGGAAGGGUUUUGUGUUUGGAGAUAUUUCUCUUGGAUUGGAGGCGUUACCAGUUCCGAUCGUGAACGAGGUCGAUGAGAACGACAAGGAGUGGCCUCUAGACUUCAACUACAGAGUCUCUUCGAAAAAUUUAAGCAUGAUGAUAGUUCCAAACCAUCAAUCUACUGGAUGCAACAACACUUGUAAAGGUGGUCAGUCAUGUGGAGAUCCGACAUGUUCUUGUAUUCAAAGAAACGGCGGCGACUUACCGUAUGAUAACCACAUUUUACUAUAUCGCAAACCGAUGAUCUACGAAUGCAGCGACCUUUGUGCUUGCCCCGAGGACUGCAAGAGCAGGCUAACUCAAAGCGGUUUGAAACUCCGGUUGGAAGUGUUUAAGACGAAGAGCUGUGGUUGGGGGUUGCGUUCGUGGGAGCCCAUACGAGCCGGGACUUUUAUCUGCGAGUUGGUUGGCACAGCUAAGGGAAGAGAUGAGAUUGAAGAAGACGACGAGUACAUCUUCGACACCUCUCGAGUUUACAAAACGUUUAGGUGGAACUACGAACCGGAACUUGUGGGUGAAGACUGUUGGGAAGAAGUCUCUGAAGUUUAUAAACUUCGGUCGGAAAUCUUGGUUAGUGCGAGAGCGUUUGGUAACGUUAGUCGGUUCAUGAACCAUAGCUGCUUGGCUAAUGUUAUGUGGCAGCCUGUUGAGUAUGAAACGGAUGGCCAACCUUUGGUUAAUAUUGUCUUUUUUGCAAAGAGACAUAUAUCUCCGUUGACAGAGUUGAGAUACGAUUAUGGAAUGUCUUAUGAUACUGGAGAGAUCGAUGAAGGUGGAAGCAAGGUUUUUACAGGUAAAAGGGCUUGCUUGUGUGGUUCGGAAAAUUGUCGUGGUUCUUUUGAGUGAGGUUGAACAUUUUUAUUAUUACUGUUGUUGUCUUUUCUUUUCUGUUGUUUUGAUUAUUGUGGUCUUGUGUUUCCUUUUAAUCAUUCAGAAUAAAAAACUUAUUUAAGUUUUUAAUCAUAUUGUAUGUUAUUUCAUUAUUAGUUAGAUUUGUAUCAUAAGAAAUCCAAUUCAUGUUUAAGUUAAGCCAAUUAAUAUAAGUCAUUUCUAGUCUUUUAUUCUUCAAGUUUUGAGAUUGAAAAGAUAAAUAAGACUUGAUAAAAAGAUAAAUAAGAAAAGAAGAUCCUUUUA